AUGGGUUUCGGGAUCGUCGCGAUCGCGUACAUUGUGGCCUUGCUCUUGACUAUUUCACUAAUUUUCUUUGUUAUUUAUCACGUAAGCGAGCCUUUACAAGAUAAAUUUCCAUACUCAGAUAAUUGCAUCAUGUCGCUGGCUUGCUCAAUCUCGAAUGAAAUUCCCGAACAACCUGUACUCAGCCCUCGCUCCGGCCACAUUUUUGAACGUCGUCUUAUUGAAAAGUAUUUGAUUGAAACUGGUUGUGAUCCAAUAAAUCAGCAACCUCUCUCUGCCGAAGAAUUAAUCGAAGUUAAGACCUCGCCUUUAGUUCGUCCUAAGCCGCCACUUGCUACUUCCAUUCCCGCCAUCCUCAAAACCCUCCAAGAUGAGUGGGAUGCUGUUAUGUUACACUCUUUCACUCUUCGUCAGCAACUCCAAACUGCAAGACAGGAAUUGUCACACGCACUUUACCAACACGAUGCUGCCUGUCGUGUAAUUUCUAGAUUGACAAAAGAAGUUACGGCGGCUCGCGAGGCCCUGGCAACCCUAAAACCACAUACCGGAAUUGGAGCUGCUCAACCAGCUUCGCAGGCACAAGACGUCUCUGAAGCUCCCACUAGUGAUAAAUCAAAUCUUCAAGAGGAAGUAGGACUUUCGGAGCAAGUGAUAGCCCGCCUACAGGAACGCGCAGCCAAGUUAACUGAUGAGCGUAAGAAAAGAGGAAAAACAGUUCCCGAAGGGUUGGCCAAGUCUCGAGAUAUUGCCGAAUACCGACAGAUUGCAUCACUUGUCGGUAUUCAUUCACCCAGCGUUCCUGGUAUUCUGUGUCUGGAUGCAAGCAAAGCCACUCCUGAGCGGAUUGUCACCGGUGGAAAUGACAAGAACGCCAUCGUCUUUAACACACAAGCAUCUCAGGUGGUGGCUGUUCUACGUGGCCACACAAAGAAGGUGACACGGGUGGUCUACCACCAAAGCGAGCAAUUGGCCUUCACGGCGUCGCCGGACUGUACUGUACGUGUGUGGGGCAUAGAGCAGGCCCAAUGCGCCUCAGUUAUCCGCGCUCAUGCAGGCCCCAUCACUGGUCUCUCGCUUCACGCCAUCGGUGAUUACCUCCUUUCUUCAUCAGCCGACGGCCAGUGGGCUUUGAGCGACUUGCGUCGUGGACAGGUGCUCGUCCGUGUCACCGUUGAAAAAGGCGGCUCCCUUCAAAGUUUGACGUGUGCGCAGUUUCACCCAGACGGCCAAAUUCUGGCCACUGGCACUGUGGACGGUGAGGUGAAGAUUUGGGACAUUCGCGAGCGCCGCAAUGCGGCCAAUUUCACCCACGGUGUCGGAGCAAACCAACCGCUUACAGCCGUUUCGUUCUCGGAGAAUGGUUACUACCUCGCAACCGGUGGAGCUGAUGGGCAAAUCAAACUGUGGGAUUUGCGUAAACUGAAGAACUUCAAAACUUUGACUCCGGAUGUUGAUCGGGCCAAUUCUACCUACGAGAUAAACGACCUCGAGUUCGAUCAAUCAGGGUGCUACCUCGCCGUAGCAGGAAGUGAUGUUCGCGCCUAUCUUUGCAAGCAGUGGGAUCAGUUGGCCGUGUUUACCUCACACACCUCUCCCGCGACCGGCGUUCGAUUUGGUCCGAACGCGAAAUCUAUCAUAACCUGCAGUCUUGAUCGUACAGUCAAAAUCUACGGCAGCAGUGCAAAUGAGGAAGGCGACGGUCCCUCUAACACGCAGACAUAA